CACACGUCCAAGUAUUGUCCGGAUGUCCUCUCAUAUUGCAGUGCCAGUUUUGUUCCCAUAUAUUAUUAGCACUCUCGUUUUUCCGGUCCAUGUGGAAUUACAGUGCUCUCUUCUUGCGCGUACACCGAAUAUCAGCCUGCACCGCAGCUCCGGGCAUGACUCGUGCACAUGCUAUUAGAUGCAUUCUUCUGCGGGUGGAGCAUUUGAGCAAGUUGAUCUGUGGAAUCAAGUGUGUCGCGACAGAACGUUUUAUGGGUCCGGGGCUUCAGGCUUCGGAAUCAACACUGACACCAGCACUCCAUCAACAACCAUCUCCCAACAUGCCUAUCCCUAGUAAGAAGGGCAACGCAAACCGUGAAGCUUGAGAUCCAGGCAGGUGAAGCAAAUCUUGUAAACUUUGGAUACUGUCAAAGCCCCAGCUCCCAAGCGCUCCAUGUACAUGCUCACUUGAAGUUUUCAGAACCACUGGCUAGAGAUGAUGCGCAUCAGCAAGAGAAUCGAUCUUGGCAGGAAAAACGAAAGGAUCGCGCGUAUUAUUAUGUAACGCUCUCCGA